CUGCCGGUUACGUGCAUCUCAGCAGCAGCAGUGACGGGAAAGCAAGAGAGAGGGAUGGGUUUUACAUGCUAAUGCUUGUAUUUUCCCAUAUUUUUAAUAUAUUCUCUUAGGUCUGAGGUGUUUGGGAACAUUGUACUUUAAGAAACGUGAUGAUCGACGACUUCGAAACCCACGCGGUCCGGUCUAGUGGGGAUCUGUGGUCUGAGGUCUGCUCCAGUCUGCCAGAGCCUCAGGAACAGGAUGGUGGACAGUUUACAGACUCAUUUGAGCCUUCCUCUCCAGGAAACCCUCAGAGCAACUCUCCCAGAGCUUCCUUCUGCCCCUGGGAACCAAUGGCUGACUCUGAGGUUUACAUCGCCAGUUUAGAAAGCCGAUUGAAGAGGAUCAAGGGACAGUCGAAUGAAGUAACAUCAAGGGAAAUGCUCCGUUCCUUGUCCCAGGCUAAAAAGGAAUGCUGGGAUAGAUUCCUUCAUGAUGCCCAAACCUCCGAAUUGUUUCAGGAAGGGAACUUUGAUCAGAGUGCUUUGGAGCAGUUCAAGCGCUGGCUGUCUCCUGAAAGGGUGGCCAUCAAUGCAGAAGAGCUGGAGUACCUUCUCUUGCCCGCACAGAACAACGAGGCUCCUGCCAACUCAACCCAAACCGACACGCCAUGUGAGGAGGAAGAGUGCCCGAGCCCUGAGAAAUAACCAUAUCACAGCAAUAACUGACCUGCAGUGUUAGGGGAAUUUUGUUGUGGAUUAUUGCGAUCCGUUUAAUGGGAUCAUUUGAUUUAUAGGUUUCUAUUAAGGUGUCUCUGUUGUCCGUGUCCCUCAACCCGGUUUAACUCGAGAUUCAUUAUUGCAUCCUCAUAUUCGUAGGACUAUGUGUGAAUUAAAAAAUAAAAUCUCUCCCUUUGAGAAAUAUGACUUGCCAGGUAACGUGCUCUGUAAAAAGCAGAAGUCUGAUUUGUUGAGAGAAGCGGCUUGAAUACUUGACUACUUUUUUUAUGUAACAUUCCACACACAGUAUAUCUUAUCAAAUAAAUGUAAUUAUUAUUGAAUUUAAA